AUGACUCCUGCAGUGAUUCUUCCAAUUGGUAGUGUUGUGUGCCCUACAGUAGAGCCAAAUAACUUCGAAUUGAAGCCUGCAUUGGUACAGUUAGUGCAGAAGGAGCAGUUUGUUGGAACCAGUGCAGAAGACCCUUACUUGCAUAUAGAAAAUUUUCUGUUGUUGAGUGAUACUCAUGGAAUAGAGGUGUGGAAUCAAGCAGCAAUCUUCCUACAAGGGAUGACCACCAAUACUAGGACAUUGGUGAAUGCCACUGCUGGUGGUUCAUUGACCACCAAGACUCCUCAAGAGGCUUUGGAUAUUUUUGAAUCAUUGGCAUCUCAGGAAUUUGAUAAUGCCCCAGUGACUGACAGAAAGACAGGGAUCAUCAAGCUGGAUGGCUAUGAUGCUUUGUUGGCAAAGAAUGACCAGUUGAUGCAGACACAGAAACAACAACAACAACAGUUGGAUGCUCUCACUAAGCAACUAUCCUCACAAAAGGUUGCUUCUGUGGAUACCAAUUGUGUGUGUGCUAUCUGUGGCAAAGACCAUGUGACAGAGGAAUGUGACUAUGGGGGAUCACCAGAACAAGCAGAGGUUAAUGGAGUGUGGUAUGACAACAAUAACCAGAGGAAUUACAACAAUCGGGGGCGAAAUGUGUAUGUGCCACCAUGGAAGAACAAGAAUCAGCACCCAGGGUUUAGUUAUAGUUCCAACCAUCAAUUGAAUCCUCCACUGCAUCCUCCUCCAACACACUCAUCACAGCCAAGUGAUAUUGUUGCAUGGGAAAAAGCCUUUGCUCAGUUAUCCAAGACUACUCAAGAUUACAUUCAGGGGUCUAAUUCAUUCAGAGAGGAAACAUCUGCAUUCAUGCAAGAGACCAAGACUUCAUUCAGGAAUCAGGAAGCAUCUAUCAGGAAUCUGGAGACCCAGAUUAGUCAGCUAUCAAGACAGAUAUCUGAGAGACCACAAGGAAAGUUUCCUGGUGAUACAAUGGUGAAUCCUAAGGAGCACUGCAAAGCAAUCAUGACAAGAAGUGGGUUGGUGCUUCAACAGGUGAAAAAGAAUGUGGAAGAUAAGAAGGAUGAAGAAGAGGUUGUGGUUGGAAAUGUAGUCUCUGAUGACGAGGUAGAGAAGAUAAACAUACCAUUUGCUGAAGCUCUGGAGAACAUACCUCACUAUGCAAAAUUUAUGAAGGAUCUUCUAUCUAAGAAGAGGAAGUUUAAGGAUGGUGAGACGGUGGCUUUGACGGAGGAAUGUAGUGCUCUGAUUCAGAAGAAAUUACCUCCAAAGUUGAAGGAUCCAGGGAGCUUUAGCAUUUCAAUUGCAAUUGGGGAUGUGGAAGUUGGUAAAGCACUAUGUGAUUUAGGGGCAAGUAUAAAUUUGAUGCCAUUGUCUGUCUGUAAGGCAUUGGGGAUAAAUAAGUUGAAGGAUACCAAUGUUAUUCUGCAUCUAGCAGAUAGAUCUAUCAAAAAACCAGAAGGAUUAGUAGAAGAUGUGUUGGUUAAGUUGAUGCUAAGGGUGGAUGAAGAAACAGUUACAAUUGAUGUCUUUGAAGCCAUCAAACAUCCUGUUGAUGUGGAGGAUUGUUUCAGUAUUGAUGUCAUACAGGAGAUGGUGGAAGAAGUGAAUAGAGAAGAAGACUUUUCAUUGGAGGAAGACAGAUUUCUUGAGGAGACAUGUACAGAAAAUUAUCAAGAGGAACCAGUAGUGGAAGAGCUUGAUAAGAAGAUAGAUGACAUUCCUGUGGGAGCACCUAAGGUAGAGCUUAAAGAACUACCUUCAAAUCUGAAGUAUGUGUUCCUUGGGGAUGAUCAAACAUAUCCAGCAAUUAUCAAUGCAAUGUUAUCUGAGAGUGAAGAAAUGAAGUUGAUUAAGGUACUCAAGAAGAAUAAAAAAGCUAUGGGAUGGCAAUUUUCAGAUCUUAAGGGUAUCAAUCCUUCUUUCUGCACCCACAAAAUCUUGAUGGAAGAGGAAGUCAAACUAGUAAGGCAACCACAGAGAAGACUCAACCCCACUAUGAAAGAGGUAGUGAGGAAGGAGGUUGUGAAGCUACUUGAUGCUGGGAUGAUUUAUCCUAUCUCAGACAGUGCUUGGGUGAGUCCUGUUCAAGCAGUACCCAAGAAAGGGGGAAUAACUGUGGUAAAGAAUGAGCAGAAUGAACUGAUUCCCACAAGGACAAUCACUGGAUGGAGGAUGUGCAUUGACUAUCGGAGAUUGAACAAGGCAACAAGGAAGGACCAUUUUCCCCUUCUGUUCUUGGAUCAGAUGUUGGAGAGGUUGGCAGGACAUGCCUUCUAUUGUUUCUUGGACGGCUACUCAGGUUACAACCAGAUAGCUGUGGCUCCAGAGGAUCAGGAGAAGACCGCAUUUACAUGUCCAUAUGGAAUUUUUGCAUACCGGAGGAUGCCCUUCGGCUUAUGUAAUGCUCCUGCCACUUUUCAAAGGUGCAUGCUGUCCAUUUUUUCUUAUAUGGUAGAGAAAUAUAGAGAAAUCUUCAUGGAUGAUUUUUCUGUAUUUGGUUCUGAUUUUGAUGCAUGUAUGGAAAAUUUGGAUUCUGUUUUAAAAAGAUUAGAUAAGGCAAAAAUCUCUGUGAUAAAGAAACUUCCUCCACCUGUCAAUGUCAAAAGUGUGAGGAGUUUUCUUGGUUAUGCAGGAUUUUAUAGGCGGUUCAUUAAAGAUUUUUCAAAAAUUGCCAAGCCUUUAUGCAAGUUGUUGGUCAAAGACCAAGAGUUUAUGUUUGAUGAUGAAUGUCUACAUGCAUUUCAUAUUUUGAAAGAGAAGUUGAUCACUGCACCUAUCAUGAUGGCACCUGAUUUUUUAUUGCCAUUUGAGUUAAUGUGUGUUGCCAGUGAUUAUGCUGUAGGAGUGGUACUAGGCCAAAGAGUGAAUAAAUUAUUGCAUGUCAUUUACUAUGCUAGUAAAAUCCUAAAUAGUGCACAAAAGAAUUAUGCUACUACCGAAAAGGAAUUACUGGCUAUUGUGUAUGCAUUUGACAAAUUCAGGCCAUAUCUGCUAGGAUCAAAAGUUAUUGUUUAUACUGACCCUGCAGCUCUAAAGUAUUUGUUAAGUAAACAGGAUGCUAAGCCCAGGUUACUCCGCUGGAUGUUACUAUUACAAGAGUUUGAGGUGGAGAUCAAAUACAAGAAGGGAGUUGAGAACUUGGUGGCUGAUCACUUAUCCAGGAUUACAGAAAAAGAGCUUCAAGAAGGAUCAGAGGUAGUGAUCAGAGAAGAGUUCCCUGAUGAACAGAUACUGGCAAUAAGUGCUGUUACGGAAAUGGUGGGGGAUAAAGUUUUAACCAUCAGUACCCCACCAUGGUUUGCUGAUUUUGCCAACUACAAAGCUGCUGGGAUAAUGCCUAAGGAUUUCACAUGGAAACAGAGGAAGAAAUUUCUACAUGACGUGAAGAGAUACAUUUGGGAUGAGCCAUAUCUCUUUUAUAGGUGUUCAGAUGGUGUGAUCAGAAGAUGUAUUCCAAAGGAGGAGCAGAAGGAUGCAUGUGAGAACUGUCAAAGGACUGGGAAUAUCUCCAGGAGACAUGAAAUGCCCUUGAACAAUAUACAGGAGGUGGAGAUAUUUGAUGUUUGGGGUAUGGAUUUUAUGGGACCUUUCCCUUCGUCCUACUCUAACAAGUACAUAUUGGUGGCAGUUGAUUAUGUUUCAAAAUGGGUUGAGGCCAUAGCCACACCUACCAAUGAUUCUAGGGUUGUGAUUGCUUUUCUGAGGAAGAACAUAUUUUCGCGAUUUGGAGUCCCGAGAGCUAUAAUCAGUGAUGGGGGAACUCAUUUUGAUAAUAGGAUGGUGGAGUAUGCUCUUGCAAAGUAUGGGGUGAUGCACAAGAUAAGUACUCCGUACCACCCACAGACUUGUGGUCAGGUUGAGAUUUCCAACAGGGAA